GAAUGUAAACAACGCUUGACAUUUGUCCACGUACGUCACUUUUCCUGCGGGCGUAUUUUCAUUCGCAAAUUGUUUUCAUAACAGUUUCACAGUGCAUCUGGCAAAUUCCGCAAAAUCACCCUCUAAUUAUGGGAGAUAAAUCGGGCAAUCCCUACGAUAUGGAUGGUUCAUCCUUCGACGCGGAUCGAUACCUACAGAAACUGCUUAAAGAAUGUUCCCUCAAGCAAAUCAUGGACACCGAGGCAGCAAUCGUGCGCCAAACGCAAACCCUGCACAGCGACAUGCAAACGCUCGUCUACGAAAACUACAACAAAUUCAUCUCCGCCACCGACACCAUCCGCAAGAUGAAGACCGACUUCAAGUCGAUGGAAACGGAAAUGAACCUCCUGAUGGCCAACAUGAACUCAAUCACCGAGUUUAGCGAACGGAUUACGGACACACUGCAAGAAACCCGCUCCCAGCUAACGCGUCUCUCCGGCAAGCAUCAGCUGCUGAAGAAGCUACAGUUUCUAUCCUCCCUGCCAGCGAAGCUGAAGACGCUUAUAGAGGAAGAGAAUUACCAGCAAGCGGUGCAGGAGUAUUCACACGCCCAGAAAGUAUUACAACAGUACGGCCAGCAGCCAUCCUUCCAGGGCAUACAGGAGGACUGUAUUAAGAUACUGGACGAGCUGAAAGAGCGGCUGAAGGGAGAGUUCCGGCAAACGGGCAAAUCGGCCCAAUCGCUUACGGAAAUCGGUGAACUGUUGCUUCAGCUUGGCGAACGACCAUCGACCCUCGCAAAGGAAAUGCUCGAGUGUGCCUCGAAGCGGCUCCACGAACAGAUCGUUGUCCUGCAGGAUCAAACCGAUCGCGAUAUGAUCGAGUUUAUAGACCUGGGCAUCGAGGGAUUCCUGAAGGACCUAACGCUCGUGAUCAGCUCUUACAACGACAUGUUCCUGACGAAGCACCUCGAGCAGGAAGCGGACGAUUUCGAGCAAUCGGCCCGGGUCGAUCUGAACGCGUUCGUGAACCGUAACGUGGACGAAUAUCUCGCGCUGGUACAGGACCGGGCCGAGCUGGAAAUCGGGCACGGCGAUUCGCAGAUCAUUCUGCGCGGACUCGAUCGGCUCCACCGCCGGAUGACCGCCAUGAGAACGCUGUGCCGUGCGGUCGAUAUGAGCAAAUCGGGCAUCGACAUUAUCGUGAACGCGGCCCAACAACUCUGCCAAACGCAUAUGCGCUCGCUGAAGGACCAUUUUGCGGACAGCCUUAGCUCGGUGCGGUUAGCACUGGUUUCGGCCUCCAACAACACAACCACCACCCCGGGUGGAUCGUCCGCUUCGUCCGCUUCCCAGGCGGGUGGUGGACAGGGCAGUGCAAGUGGCGGCGGCGGUGGUGGUGGUGGUGGUGCUGGCAGCACAACCACACCCGGAUCGACUGCCGGACUUCGGGAGCUAAUCUCCAACCUUUACAUCUCCACCAUCGAGAAGGUGAAAGGAUUGAUGCAGGAUUUGCUCAUCUUCCUGCAGCCCGAAUGGUCUUUCAACCUGAAAGGUGACCCGAAGGGUGUCCAAUGCAUUGAGGGAAUCCGGGAAAAUCUGCUCGUCGCUUUCCUGCGCCACUUUUGCACCACGGUCAACGGGUACGGGAAUGUUAAUUCGACCGCACCACCAACCCUGCUGCUGGUGCUUUCGAAGGUAUGCCUCGAGAUGGAUCGGGCCGGCGUCCAUUCGCUUACCUCGCUGGUCGACGAGCUGUACCAGCUGGAUGCCGAACGGAGCGGUUCGCUCGUGCACGAAUCCGAACUCUGCACGGAAAUGCGUGACUCUGCCCAGCUGCUGCUCGACUCGUACGUACGCCUGCAAGGGCUUCACCUCUCGCAAAUGCUGCGGAAAAGCGUGGAAACGCGCGACUGGCUCAACUGCCUGGAGCCACGCUCGGUCCGUGCCGUUAUGAAGCGUGUCGUGGAGGAAAUAUCGGCCAUCGAGGUUGUGCUCGGCGAGCUGUACGAUAGCAGCGUGUCCGCGCACGGCGGUGGAUCGCGCACGACCGCCAGCAGUGAUUCGAGCCGCAAGACACACUUCAGCAUUGCCGCCUCGAAACAAUCGCAGUUCCGGUCGACCUGGUCCACGUACACGCCACAGUCGCAGCUGGACAGCAGCUUCGUGUCGAACAUGCAGCGGCUGUUUUCGGAAAAGAUUGAAAUCUUUGCGCCGGUCGAGUUUUCCAAGGUGUCCAUCAUCACGGGCAUCAUCAAGAUCUGCCUGAAGACGCUGCUGGAGUGUGUGCGGUUGCGCACGUUCAGCCGGUACGGGUUGCAGCAGAUACAGGUGGAUGCGCACUAUCUGCAGAUGAACCUGUGGCGGUUCGUUAGUGAUGAGAACUUAAUACAUGUGCUGCUGGAUGAAAUCCUCGGCUCGGCUGUGCUGCGCUGUCUCGAGCCCAUCCUGAUGGAGCCCAAUGCGGUGGAAAUUAUCUGCGAAAGAAACUAAUCGACAGCCAUCGUCCAUCUGGUGGUGGUGGUGGUGGUUGUAGCUUUAUUUGUAACCAAUUCAUUCCAACUAUUCAAGUGAGAACGGUAUCGUUGUUCUUUUCCAUGGCUGUAUGUGUGUAAAAUAAAGCAAUUAUUUAAAUGCUUGUAACUUA